AUGGCGCGCAAAAUUCUAUGUGUGGCGGAGAAACCGGCCAUUGCGCGUGCAGUAGCCACGCACUUGUCCGGAGGAUCUUUUCAGACUCACUCAAUCCGCGGCAAUAACUAUGUCAAGAAUUAUGAGUUUGAGUUCAAUUUUGGUGGUCCCUGGGGGAACUGCUCCGUUACCAUGACUAGUGUGAUUGGUCACCUCACGGGCCUUGACUUUGAACGCCAGUACAAGGGCUGGACGUCUUGUCCGCCUGGUGCAUUAUUUGAGGCUCCAGUAAAUGAAGAUGUUGAUAAGGACAAGCUACCGAUUGCAGAAAACAUUCGAAAUCAAGCCAGGUACAGCCAAGCCCUGUUCAUCUGGACUGAUUGUGAUCGAGAGGGAGAGCACAUUGGUAGUGAAGUCCGCAAUCAAGCCAAAAGCGGAAACGCGCGCAUCGAGGUCAAGAGAGCCAAGUUUAGCAAUACCGAGAGAGCUCAUGUCCUCCGUGCUGCUCGAGAGCCGGUAGAGCUUGAUGAAUAUCAAGCCAACGCUGUGGCUGCCAGAAUCGAGCUUGACCUCCGCAUCGGUGCGGCGUUCACUCGGCUACAGACUCUUCAGCUUCAAGCUGUGGUAGCUGUUUUAAAAGAGAAAAUUAUCAGCUACGGAUCGUGUCAGUUUCCUACGCUAGGAUUCGUAGUCGAUCGGUACCUACGGGUAAAGAACUUCAAGCCCGAGACCUUUUGGGGCAUCAAAGUCAUGCUCCAGCGUGAAGGAAAGAAAGUCAACUUCCUCUGGAAGCGGGUUCACCUAUUUGAUCGUGCAGUGGUAACGAUGAUGCUGGAGCGCUGUUUGAUCGCGAAAGAGGCCACGGUUACAAAGGUCAACCAGAAGCCCAAAAGCAAGUGGCGGCCUUUACCCUUGACGACCGUCGAUCUUCAAAUGAUGGGCACUCGAUUUCUUCGCAUGGACGGUCAAACCAUCAUGAAAGUGGCCGAAGCCCUUUAUACAAAAGGAUUUAUCAGCUACCCCAGAACGGAAACAGAUCAAUUCGACAAGGCCAUUGACCUGAAGAAAUUGGUUGAAAAACAGUUCCCGGACACUGAAUGGGGUCAAUAUGCUCGAGAUCUCAUUGACGGCAAAUUCAGAACACCUCGAUCCGGUCGUCAUAACGACAAGGCCCAUCCACCUAUCCAUCCAGUCAGCUGGGUCUCACCGAGCCAGCUCAAUGUCAAUGAGAAAAAAGUGUACGAAUUUGUGACCCGGCGGUUCCUCGCUUGUUGUUCCGACGACGCCAAAGGCCAAAGCACAGAUAUUGAAAUCCUCUACGGCGAAGAAAACUUCCACGCCAAUGGUCUGCUCGUACUGGAGAGAAACUAUCUCGAUGUCUACGUCUAUGACAAAUGGGAAAGCAGCCAACAGCUACCCAAAUUUGAACGAGGAGAAAAGUUCGUGCCCACUGAAGCGAACAUGUUCGAGGGCAAGACUACCGCACCAAACUAUCUUACAGAACCAGAACUGAUUGGUCUGAUGGAUGCGAAUGGCAUAGGCACCGACGCAACCAUGGCAGAGCACAUUGCUAAGAUUAAAGAGCGUGAAUACGUCGUCACGCACAAGCGAGGAAGUGGCCGCACUUCGGUUGAAGAACUCAUUCCGACUCGCUUGGGCAUCGCUCUUGUUGAGGGAUACGAUAAUGUUGUUGCAGGUCUUCCAAAUAGUAUCUCGCUUAGCAAGCCAUUCCUGCGUAAGGAAAUGGAGUUAAGGAUGCUUGAGAUUUGUGCGGGCACGAAGACCAAGCAGGAAGUCGUGCAGCAGAGCCUUGAUAUGUACCGUGAGGUCUUUAUUCAUACCCAAAGACGCAUUGACAUGUUAAAGAAUGCUUGUCGGAAAUAUCUCGUCGAAACUUGA